CAUUGGUCGGCGGGGUCAACAGCGGAAGUGGUGUCGUUCGCCUCGUCGGCCGAUACUGACACGCAUUCACCGGCUUGCUCGGGUUAUUAUUUUUGUCCCCACCCCGCCGGAUUCUGGGUGUAGCUGCCUGUCCUGGUUUAUGAUCGGCCGCCUGUUCGGUAUCGUGUCUCAGAGGGUGCCGAGCUUGUUUCACCGGGUGUCGCUGAUGAUGAAGCCGCAGGUUGUGUUCGUGCUGGGCGGGCCUGGCGCCGGCAAAGGGACUCAGUGCUCCAAAAUCGUGGAGGGCUACAGCUACACCCAUUUGUCAGCAGGGGACUUGCUGAGGGAAGAGCGCGCCAGAGAGGGAUCACAAGUCGGACAGCUCAUCGACAGCCACAUCAAGGAGGGCAAAAUUGUCCCUGUGGAGAUCACCAUCAAGUUACUCAGGACGGCCAUGGAAGACACCAUGCAGAAAGACGAGAAAAAAUUCCGCUUCCUUAUUGAUGGCUUCCCUCGCAAUGAGGACAACCUUCAGGGCUGGAACGCUGUCAUGGAGGGCCAAGCAGAUGUCAAAUUUGUUCUUUUCUUUGACUGCAGCAAUGAGGUUUGCAUCCAAAGAUGUCUAGAGAGGGGAAAGAGCAGUGGACGCACGGAUGACAACAGAGAAAGUUUGGAGAAAAGAAUCCAAACCUACCUGCAGUCUACACGACCAAUCGUUGAUCAGUAUGCGAAACUUGGCAAGGUGCGCACCGUAGACGCCUCUCGUUGUGUGGAUGAGGUGUUUGCUGAUGUGAAGGCCAUCCUAGACAAGGAGGGCUGAGUUUCCCCGACUGCCAACAACAUUCACUUACUUUUUUUAGUAGUUUUCUUUUUAUCAACUGCAAUUACACUAUAAGUUUAUAUGUCAAUUCAUAUGACUUUUUACUUUUGUUUACUUCUUUUUUUUUUUUUUCCAUCUUUUUUUUGUAAAUGAUGCACUGUUUGUUUGUGAGUGUGUGUACAAUAUGUAUUGUUACAACUGAGAAGUAGAGGUGCCUAGCAGCUACUACAUAGUUUGAGGCCUUUGCAUAGGAACAAGAUGGAUCAUUAGCUUAGAGGGGCACUCUCUUGUCAAUCACAGACACUUCUAGUACUGGAAAUCGCCACAAAAAAUGGUAUACUGUAUAUCACUGAUGUCUUCGGCGUAUCAUGUCACCGGAAGCAGCCGUAAUGCUUCAGACCAAAUAGUUGUUUGACCUAAUGAUGACAUACUUGACAAAACGGCUGAUAGCCUCCGAAUAAAAUGCAUAAAACACGUGUCUCAUGCUUAAUCCACAGCACUUCAAGGGCACGGUUAGUUGCAUCUGUGCCAUGUAGCGUAACAGGGUAGAUGAUUCAGUGAUGGGCGUCCCAUUCUUUGAUUAAAUACUUCAAUGUGUACUGAAACCUCAGUGUGCUUCGUAACAGCUGUGAGAUUAGGGCAUAAUCAAUGAGGAAAAACUUGAAGAUAAAAAUGAUCGUGUUCUUAAAUCUGUACUGUAUCUGCUUGAAGGAGGGGCGGUGAGACUGACAAGUAAAAAUAUUUUUUUUCCCUUGGAGACUCUGUAAGGGGUACCUAUUUAUACAUUUUGUCCAUUUUUUUGUAAAUGUCCAAUUAUCAGUAUAGUGCUGUUGUCCAUCAAUUAAAAGAUUUUGGAGAAGUUA